AUGUGGAAGAACCUGGCGUACGGGCAGCCGACGGUCUCGGCGCCGGUCGCCGCACCCGUGACGGUGGCGGGCACGGACGUCCCGACCGCAGACGUCCCGACGACGGUUGUUGGGCGGCUCCACAACAUCCUCACGUACCUCAACUCGAUCAAGGACCACCAGCCCGUGACGAUCCAAGACAUCUACCAGCACACGGGCAUCGACCUCACGAUCGACGAGGUCGCGGACCGGCUGCGCAACAACCCAAAGGUCCGCGUGGCCAACGACACGUUUGCGUACAAGGCCAAGUACGACAUCAAGGACAAGGACCAGCUCCAGCACGUCCUCAAGCGCGUCAACGAAGGCAUUCCGUCGUCGGACCUCAAGGACUGCUACAACGGCGUCGAGGACGACCUCCGCGAGCUCUCGCGCGCCGGCCACAUCAUCUGCAUCAAGAACACGGAGACAGGCACCGAAGUCUACUACGCGCGUGGCUUUUCCUUCUUUACGCAGGUCGGCGCGCUCGCGACCGUCGAGGGCGGCAGCUACGUCACGACCGUCAACCACGAUGUCACGCCCGAGCUUCGCCGCGGCGACGCCAUCCGCGUCGGCGACCACUGGUUCCGCGUCUCGAACGCCGAGAAGAAGGGUCCGAUGGGCAACCCGCCGCAGCCGUUUACGUCGAUCCACCCCACGGUGCAGAACAAGAGCGUCUCGUCCAUGGUGGACCUCAACCUCACGAGCAAGAAGACCAAGUACAUGCUCCCAUUCGAUGCGCAUCACUUGCCGUUGGACAUGCCCUUUCCCGACCACCGCCAUGGCCACAUGCACCACCCGAAAUGGGACGUGGCGCCUAAGUUUGGCAAGGGCGCGGGCACGGUCGCGCUCCUCAAGCACGGGUGCACGAACGACAUUCGCGAUCUGUGGCGUGACACGCUCCGCGACUGGCCCACCGACCGCGCGGCCUUGGAGCGCAAGCUCGUCCAGAGCGGCCUCACGACGCAGGCCAACAUUGACGCGAACCGGGCCAAGCGCAAGCUGCACAUCAAGAGCAAGGCCAAGGUCGCGCGCGUCAAGAAGCAACGCGACAUCAAGAUCACCAACACGCAUUUGAUUGGCACGGAGCUCGGCCAGGUGCUGGCCAAAGGCAGCGAGGGCUCCAACGACUUCACGCUCGGCGCCGUCAAGUUUGAGCGCCAGUAA